GUUCCUUUCUACUUUGUGAUUAUAGUUCUUAUUUUCUCUCCAUACCUUUUUUUUAUUCGAUCGGCUGCAUCGCUCGCCACUUUUUCUUGCCUUUUUGCCCCUUUGGGGACAUUGUGCUUCCCCAUCUUGAUACAUUUUUCAACCAGAUAACAUCAUGGGACUGGAAUCCAGACGGCUGCAGCUUUCCGUUGCCAUUGUUCAAGCAUUCUACCGUGGGUUGUGGGAAGGAUCCCGGAUUUCUGUUACACUAAGCUUACUGAUACCUCUGCCAUGCAUCUUGUGUAUGCAUCUUACCUCGCUAUCGUCUACGCGAACGUCUACCUUGCUUCCUUGGGUGCUGCGUGACUUUUUUGAUCCCCUCGUAUGCCCAGGGGACCUGCUUUUAGGCUGUAUAAUGAUUGCUGUGUCUACUAUCCUCUUGCUCUGGUACCCUGCCCAAUUCACCUGUACAUUUUCUUGCCCUACAUGGCUACAUGUCUACUACUAUUAGGACAUGAUACUUAAGUAGACGCAAACCGCGCCCGCUCCACUAGCUUGAGCACCAGCAAUCGAGGCACAUUAUACACAAGAAAGAAG